AUGGUCCAGACACGCAAAAACGCAACCAAGAAGGCCACAAUGACCAAUAUCCUCAAGACCAACAAAAAGGCUGCCAGCAGAAAGGUUGCCAGUAAGAAGACUGCAAACAAGAAGACCACCAGCAAGAAAACUUCUAGCAAGAAGGCUACCAACAAGCCCAUCGCUCAUCCUACAGUCGACGUGAACAAGCUUUUCCCACCCUGGGGCUCUGAAGCAGCGCUGGAUCAGACAGCAAACAAGGAGGCUACUGACAUAAUCGUAGCCGUGUACCAUGACAUCAACACCUACUGCAACAUUGAGAGACUUGCGGGAGAGGAUUUAUAUAAUUGCCGGGAGAUGCUCUCCAACAUGCGUACCUUCACGGAAGGAUUUGUUCAUCGGGAAAUCGGUAACUACAUGGCCUGCGUGGAAUCCUUCAAGGCGGAACAUGGUGAGUUUCAACCUGUCACACCUAACAGUAGAUUCUUAGAGUUUGUUACUGGGCUCGGAUGGAAGAUGUUUGCUAUCUGUGCCCAUGCUGAAGCAUUUCGACGAGGUAUCCGAGAAGCCAACGAUAGAACCUGGAGGUUCCUGAUUCAGAAGAUCGAAGAAAACGCCCUGAGUAUUGAACUUUACGCACACAGCCGUAGCCUGAGGUGGCGUAACAUGAUCUGGAUCCACCAGGGUUAUUUCAUCCCAGGCCUGCCCGAUAUGAAAACCGAAAUUGAGACAUACAUGCAGUGGAAAGUCGACCACCCUCACCACACCGUCAUCACACUCGACGGCGGACUCAAGGAGCCCACCUACAAAGGCAAGUUACAGAAACACAUUGACGAGAAUAUGUAUGAUCCCAAGAAAUGGCGCGGUCAGAAGCAGGACCCAACGCUUCGUCAUAUGCCUAAUGGGAGCCCCGCUAACGUUGGACGCAAUUGCGCUAUGUGUGGCAGUCCUGCUUCUUGUGAUUGUCGCCUGGCAUCCCGAGCAGGAGAACUGGUUGAGCUGAGAGAAUACCCCGAGACGGGUACUGGUAUUCGAGUACUGACAAGAUUCAACCGCGGUGAUAUUCUUGAUAUAUUCGCGGGUGAACUUCUUCCUGAUUCUGUGGAAGAUGUCUAUCCUCUGACGCAAUGCGAUGACGAGCCCCACACGACUUCCGAUACAGCUCGUACUUUGUGCACAAUCUGCCCCCACGAGUUUGGCAACUGGACUCGUUAUAUUAGCCACUCGUGCCGACCUUCGACGGCAUUCAUCACUCGCACUAUUGGAAACCGAGUUGUGUGCACAAUUGAAGCUAUUCGUGAUAUCCGACCUUUUGAAGAGCUUACUCCGCCCUUGAUUGAGUCCACAAUUGGUGACCAUUUCGCCAAGAUUGUCGCGGAAUGCGGAGAUAGAACAGCUGUUAUCUCAAAACAUCAGAAUGAUCGAGCAACCUAUUCCUCCUUGGAUGCAAGAAGUAAUGCUCUUGCUCGGGGCCUGGUAUCGGUCGGUGUGAAGAAGGGGGAGCGGGUCGGAGUCAUGCUCGGGAACUCGAUGGAAUACGCAGUGGCAACAUACGCAUUAUUCAAACUGGGUGCCAUUCUGGUCCCGCUCAAUCCGUCAUUCAAUACUGCACAAGUGAUUGCGGCAUUGGGUCACCUGGAAGCCAGUCAUCUUCUGAUUAGCACAGAGUCCAAACUACCCCGAAAAAAGCCACGGAGCAAUGUUCCCUUGCUCGAGGACCUUGUUCAAGAUCUCCACAAGUCAAACUUGGAAUCUGCGUUGAUCCCUUCUUUAAGAAAUAUCAUUAUGGUCGAUAACUCUGAAGGUCGCGUGGAUAUAUCACCAUAUAAAAGCUUGACGCCAUAUGCAUCCAUUAUGUCCCAGCUUACUGCAGAUGGCCGCCCACUCCCUCCUCAAAAUCUCUCGCCGCAUGAUAUUGUGAAUAUCCAAUUCACAUCAGGGACUACGUCAAUGCCCAAGGCAGCAUGCCUUACCCAUCACUCUAUUCUGAAUAACGGCACUCAGAUCGGUGAUCGCAUGCGUCUCACGCCAAACGAUAUUGUCUGUUGCCCGCCGCCGCUAUUUCAUUGCUUCGGCUGUAUAUUAGGUUAUAUGGCAACAGCAACUCACGGUUCAGCCAUCGUCUUCCCCAGCGAGUCCUUCAAUGCUCGUGCCACACUAGAGGCCAUCCAAGAAGAGAGAUGUACCGCACUGCAUGGUGUACCGACAAUGUUCCUCGAGGAGCUGAGCAUGAUCGAGAUGAAAGAGAUAUCCAGCGAGGGAUUCCAGCAUCUUCGCACGGGCAUCGCCUCUGGAAGCAGUAUUCCUUCCGAAAUAAUGAAGAAACUGCAUAAGGUGCUGAACCUGACCGAAUUGACAAUCUGUUAUGGAAUGACUGAAACAAGCCCGGUCUCAGCUAUGACAACGACAGAUGAUCCCAUUGAUAAGCGGAUCUACUCAGUCGGGAAACUCAUGCCACAUGUUGAGGCAAAGAUUGUGGACCCGCUGAACAAGAAAGAGAUCCUGCCUAUAGAGAAACGGGGUGAGUUGGCAGUGAGCGGGUACCUGCUGAUGAAGAAAUACUGGGGUGCUCCAGAAAAGACCGCGGAGGCGAUGAUUGCAGACGAGUCUGGCAAGGUGUGGAUGCAUACUGGAGAUGAAGCUUCUAUGUCACCAGAUGGGUAUAUUAGUAUCACUGGACGGAUCAAAGAUCUAAUCAUCCGCGGUGGCGAGAAUAUACACCCCGUAGAGAUCGAAAAUUGUUUGCUAGCGCAUGAUGAAGUCGCAGAUGUGUCUGUCGUCGGCGUUCCCGACGUGAGAUAUGGCGAGGCAGUGGCUGCUUUUGUUAUUGCGCGGGACCAUGCCUCGAAGACAGUCACUGCUGAAGAUAUUCAGCAAUGGGUGCGUGAAAAGCUUAGCAAUCAUCUUGUUCCGAAGUAUGUCUUCUUUUUGGGCCCCGCUGAGCCUUUCCCCAAGACAGCAAGUGGAAAGAUUCAGAAGUUCAAGCUCAGGGAGAAGGCUGUUGCACUCUUGGCCAAAAGCGAUGCAUAA